CGCAUCCCGUUCACAUGUGAGCGUGCGCGAGCGCGCGCUAGUAUGCGCAAGAGGGAGAGCGCAUUUACAGCAUGGGGUCCACGCGCGCGCGUUCGUACAUUUGCAGUGCAUUCAAAUUCUCCCUCGGCGGCAGUUUGGUCCGGUUGUAGGGGGUCGAUAGCUCACCGUAUCAACGCACCAUCGUCACCGGCCGAAACCGGUCACCAGUUCACGAUCAACAAGAUCAGGUUUUUUUUCGGAUGUGUUAAAUGCAUUGCAUUGCAAAAGGCGUGGUUCAAAUUCGCUGUACAUUACUUUGCGUAUCCUUUGCGUACGGCUGGUAAAAACGCUGCCAAAUAACAGGCAGAUAUAUUGUGCGGGCAGUGCAAAACAGUUAUGUGUUCCAGUGAUUAAACUAAAUGCGAUACGAUAACGAUGACACAAAGUCGCGAGAUGGCAGUUAGGGGUGGUUUCUGGAUGAUAAUGGUGUUGGCAAUGGGAGUUCUGCCGUUUCCCCAUGCUGCGGCGGAAGUGGACAGUGCUCGACCGAAUAUAAUUUUUAUUUUAGCUGACGAUCUUGGCUGGAAUGAUGUCGGAUUUCAUGGAUCGGCACAAAUCCCAACGCCCAACCUGGACGCACUGGCUUACUCGGGCAUCAUCCUUAAUCGGUACUACGUGAAUCCAAUUUGCACUCCCUCCCGUUCGGCACUGAUGACGGGCAAGUAUCCCAUACACACGGGAAUGCAGCAUACCGUGCUGUACGCGAUGGAACCACGUGGUCUUCCCCUGUCCGAGAAGCUGUUGCCCCAGUACCUGAAGGAUCUUGGAUACUCGAAUCACAUCGUUGGCAAGUGGCAUCUGGGGCACUAUCAGCUGCGAUUCACCCCAAUGCAGCGAGGCUUCGACAGUCAUACCGGGUUCUGGACCGGACACCAUCACAUGAACGAUCACACGGCGGUAGAACACGGCCACUGGGGUCUGGACAUGCGCCGAGGGUACGAUGUCGCCUACGACCUGCACGGCCAGUACACGACGCACGUGCUCGGUGCGGAAGCGAUCGCCAUAGUGCAGGGACACAACAAGAGCUCCCCCCUAUUUCUGUACGUGGCCCAUGCCGCCGUCCAUUCGGCCAAUCCGUACGACUUUCUGCCCGCUCCGGACGAAACGGUGGCAAAUCUGGGACACAUUGAAAACUACCGCCGGCGUAAGUUUGCCGCCAUGAUGGUCGAACUGGACCGUACGGUUGGGAGUCUCGUAGACGCGCUGCACGCACGUGACAUGCUCGAGAAUACGAUCAUCGUGUUUAGCAGCGACAAUGGCGGCCCAGCGGAUGGGUUCAACGACAAUGCCGCCUCUAAUUGGCCACUGCGCGGGGUGAAAAAUACGCUCUGGGAGGGUGGCCUGCGAGCGGCCGGGUUCAUUUGGAGCCCACUGCUUCAGAAUGUGAGCCGAGUGUCGCAUCAAAUGGUGCAAGUUUGCGAUUGGCUGCCGACGCUGUACGAAGCUGCAGGUGGUAAUGUCAGCGCACUGCCGACCGACCUGGACGGGAUCAGCGUGUGGCAUGAGCUGAGCAGUGGGGCUCCAACGCGACGUAUCGAGAUACUGCACAACAUUGACGACAUUUGGGGCACCUCGGCACUGACCGUGGGAAACUGGAAGCUCGUCAAAGGCUCACACUACAACCGCACCUGGGACGGAUGGUACGGUCCGGCGGGGAUACGGGACGAAAAGGCAUACGCCCUGGACACGGUCGCCAACAGUCCGGCAGGGAAGGUGAUGGAGGAGCUGAGUCUACUGCCCACUCCGGAACGCAUCACGCAACUUCGCCGCGAGGCGACGGUUUCGUGUGGCGCCGGAGCGCACAUGGCCAACGAGUGUGAUCCGCUCGAGCGCCCCUGCCUGUACGAUGUGGAAAGCGAUCCCUGCGAGUACAAUAACCUUGCCGAGGAGCAUCUGCACAUACUGCAGAGUUUGCUGGCCAGGCUUGCCGACUACAACAGCACUGUCGUUCCGCCGUCCAAUCUCGAGGACGACCCGCGGGGCGAACCGCAGCACUGGAACUUUACGUGGCACAAUUUCGGCGACGAGCCAGAACCGGAAGUGCUGCUGAAUGAACAUGUAGACUAAAAGAGGGUAAGCGAAAGCGACGGGAAAACCAAGACUAAAGUAUAGCGACCUCAUGGUUAAU